GUGGCUACACGUGAUGUUUUAGGAAGUGUCCGUUUUUUGCAAUAUGGCUGUGCAGAGCUGGUCAGCUCUCCUAAAAGCAUCCACGAAAACAGCUUUAAUACACGAUGGGAUAAGGAAGAUACACUAUCUCUUUACAGAUGGGAAAGAAAUGGCAGAAGAAUAUGACUUGACAACAGAUGAGCUCAUUGUACGAAAGUGGCGUUCAAAAAGUACCUUGAAGGGACAGGGACCAUGGGAGAUAGAAGUCGGAGAGCCAGUCCCAUCUACUGUAGCCUGUUUGGAAUCAGAUGUUAUCAAGGAAAACUGUUCAAACCCUGUAUUUAUGCGCAAAGACACAAAGACCAGUUUCCUGUGGAGAGUCCGGAACCUUCCGUACCCCAAAGAGGUCUACAACAUUUCAGUGGAGCCCGAUCAACGAUGCUGCAUCAUACGAACAAAUAACAAAAAGUACUACAAGAAGUUUAAUGUUCCUGACCUGAACCGAAGCCAGCUGCCAUUGGAUAGUUCCGCGCUCAACUUCACCCACGCCAAUAACACGUUAAUUGUCAGUUACAAGAAGCCCAAGGAGAUAUUAACGCUUGAGCACGAGCUACUCCGGGAGGUAAAGAAACUGAAGGGAACCAAUGAAGGGGACGUCGACUGCAAAACUCAAUGAAGUCCCAGUGUGGAUCUGAGGGGAUGUCACUCUAACAAGUCGUUUUUGAUUUGCACUGGUGAUGCAGUAUCCUGUAUGUUUUCUACUCUGAUUUCUGGUUCUCAAGGA